GCAUGCAUAGUCGCCUUUCUAUCGAUUUCCCUUCGAGAUGUCAGUCACAAACACGAACACACGACAGCCUCCUCACACUUGUUAUACUUGAUGUUACUUCACCACAAAGAAACACUUAUUUUAAUGAAAUUAGCGAACAAGACUUUUGGACUUACACCGCGAAAAAUACUCAGUCAAAGGCGGGAUGUUUUCGGACUAUAUUAAGAACGUAUGCCGCACCCGCCGACACACACUUCCCAAGAACGAUGACCAAUAUAGCGACUAUUCUGGGCUUUUAGAAGAUGGUACCAGUAUGGGAUCGUGCUGCAGGCGGGUCGUGUCACGCACUUUUAUGGUGGUAUGGGACUACAAGCAGUUCCUGGCUGCCCGCGCAAUUCAGCGAAAGUGGCGCAAGUUUCGGUGGUGGACAAAGUACAACCGGGAGAACAAGGCGGCCACCAUGAUUCAGAAACACUGGCGGGGCUAUGCCGCCCGAAAGAACUUCUUCAAGUUCGUGGAGGACAAGCUGCAGCAGCAGGUGCUGGACCACUUCGACCGGGCGGCCACAAAGAUACAGGCUCUGUACCGAGGACACCGUGUUCGCCAGAUGAUCCACGACAUGGGCAGCCUUACAACCAUGCAGGUUUGCGCCGCCGAGGAUCUCCUCAACUGCGUCGCCUUCAAACUGCACCACCUUCUGCGCACCUACGCCAUUCCCGGCGUAUACUCGCUGAAGAACUCCAACUGCCUGUCCCGGGUGGAGAAGCUGAUGGCCAGCCUGCACUUUCGCUAUUACAAUGGCAAGGCGGUGUCCCAGAGGGAGGCAACGCUGGCCAAGAUCGAGGAGGAUCGGAAGCAGUUUAUGAAGGAAGGCCACUACACCCGCUUCCCGUUCCCGGGCCCCAACUACUGGAGCCGGUGCUCGCCCAAGUGCGAGGCGGCCCUGACCCUCAGCAAGGACAUCGAUAAGCGCAUGUACAAGAUCAUCGAGAUGUACGAUGCCUCGCAGAAGGAGGCGCACGCCGCCUUGGUUCAGAAGCGAAAGGCUCAGAGGAAGAAGAAAAAGCUGAUAAGCCAAAUAAAAAAGUCGCUGGAGAAUCACAAACGCGACUUUUGCGGCGACGUGAUUGCCAGCAUGCGGAAGUGGAAGUUCCUGGCGGAUAACCACGUCACCGUGGACAAGAACAUCUUCAGGAAUCCCGAAAACUUGCAGAGUUUCAUAAACGAUAUUUCGGGUUUUGUGCGAGAGUUUGAGGACUGCACCUGCUACUGCCGAAUACCGGCCUUUGAUCAGAUCUACUGCACCUGAGACCUAAAUUCGAAAUGUAAUAAAACAUUAGAUCCAAACAGAUCCCAAGAACAGACUUUG